CAAGCGGAAUGCAGCUUUGGUGGUCGCUGAAGCAAAAACUCGGGCAUGGGAGGAAGUUUGGUGAUGAAGUUUGGUGAUCCAUGAUGAUGGAUGAUUUGUGGAUAACGAGGUGGUUUACAAGACACAAGCUGGGUUUGCAUGCAGACUUUUUUGUCAUUCCAAAUGAAAUUGUUCCGAUUGAAGAUCUCUGGUCUGUUUACAUGUGAUCUAUUCCGUACUGUAUACAUGUGCAUUACGUUUAAUUGGAACAGCUGUUUUAUAGAAGUGUGACAUGCACACAUCGAUGUAUACAUCACAUCAUUUAUCAAGCUGGAGGUCAGUUGCAAUUUUAAUUUUAUUUUUUUCCACUUUUAUCAAUGCAACAGCUUGAUAAAAAACAAGAUACAAGUAGUUAAAAGCAAGACCUCGGUCGCAGGGCAGCUCUGGUUUGAAGCCGCCAUAGUUUCAAGUGCGUAAACGACAACGUUUCCACGCAUUUAUAUCAAGACAGAGCAUGUGCAGACAGAACACAGUCUGACUAUUCCGAUUGUCUCCGUUUACAUGACUUUCGAUCGGUUGAGAGAGAGAAAUAUUCCACCCCUGUGAAACUGAACAAAAUUUUGUUCGGAUUUGGGCUGUUUAUUCCGAUUGAGGUGUUUAAUCAUUCAUUCAUUCUCUUCUGCUUAUCCGAGGCCGGGUCGCGGGGGCAGCAGCUUAAUUGGGGAAGCCCAGACUUCUCUCACCUCAGCCACUUCAUCCAGCUCUGCCGGGGGGAACCCGAGGUGUUCCCAGGCCAGCCAGGAGACCUAGUCUGUCCAGCGUGUCCUGGGUCAUCCCCGGGGCCUUCUCCCGGUGGCACAUGCUCGGAACACCUCACCAGGGAGGCAUCCAUGGGGCAGCCUAAUCAGAUGCCCGAGCCACCUCAUCUGGCUCCUCUCUAUGUGGAGGAGCAGCGGCUCGACCUUGAGCCCCUCCCGGAUGACCGAGAUUCUCACCCUAUCUCUAACGAAGAGCCCAGACACCCUGCGAAAGAAGCUCAUUUCGGCCGCUUGUAUCCGUGAUUUUGUUCUUUCGGUCACGACCCACAGCUCGUGACCAUAGGGGAGGGUAGGAACAGAGAUUGACCACUAAAUCGAGAAUCCUUCUUCACCACAACAGACCGAUACAGAGUCCGUAGCACUGCACAUGCUGCACCGAUUCACCUGUCGAUCUCCCACUGCAUUUUUCCCUCACGUGUGAACAAGACCCUGAGAUACUUGUAUUCCUCCACUUGGGGCAGGAACUCAUUCCCGACCCGGAGAAAGAACUCCACCCUUUUCUGACUGGGGUGGUCUCAGAUUUGGAGGUACUGCUUCUCAUCCCUGCUGCUUCAUAAUCGGCUGCAAAUCGCUCCAGCGAGAGUGGCAGAUCGCGGCGAAGCCAUCAGAAACACAUCAUCUGCCAAAAGCAGAGACGUAAUACUGAUGUCACCAAACCGGACCCCUUCUACGCCUUGGCUGCACCUAGAAAUUCUGUCCAUAAGAAUCAGUGACAAAGGACAGCUUUGGCGGAGUCCAACACUCACGGGAAACAAAUCCAGCAAUGCGGACCAAACUCUGACACCGGUCGUACACGGACCGAAAAGCCCUUAUUAAGGGGUUCGGUACCCCAUAGUCCACAAAGCACAUUCACCAUGAGGACCCUGCUGAGGGUGAACAUCUGGUCCAUUGUUCUACAGCCAGGACAAAAAACACACUGCUCCUCCUGAAUCUGAGGUUUGUUGGAGAAGGUGAGCUCGGAAGCUCACCAGACACGUGCAUCGGCACGUAUGAUAGUUGCGUCACUCUCAAUUACACUAAGGGGACUCCUUAAUUUUUGCAUAUACUUAUGGGUUGACCGUAGGCUAGCUGAGGUCAAAAGGGGGAAUUGUAAUAUUCACCAUAGAAUUCUCAAAUUAUUAAUUGUCAUAUCAUUAACAGAUUUUGUCUUCAGUGUCAUAUUAUCCAUUUUCAUAUUGCCUCUAGAAUUGUCAUAUUGUCCUCAUAUCUUGUAUUCAGUAUGGCUUGUUUAAAACCAGAGGCCUUAAUUAACCGUGGCUGGUCGAUGACCGCUUGUGCUAGGUGCUUGCAGCUGCCGGUUUGCAUAAAUUUGUUUACAGGAAGCGGGCAAAGGGGAAGAGCUACAGAAUGUUCCAAGCUGACAAUCAGAGGAAAAACAACUCAUCAUUCUCCUGGCCCAACCGAUGAGAAUCAGGGAGGCAGCGGGUCACGAUGAACGAGGAGGGGGGAGGCUGCCGAGUGAGGCAAGCCAGCUACUAGAGGAACACCUCCCUCCCUGUGCUUGUGUUGUAAACUAUAUAUUGUAAGGGGACGAAGGGAAUGGCGCUCUUUUCCUUCUCAAAUCUUCAUAGCGGCGUAAGAAUUAUCAGUAAAGAUUUGCUGAUAAACCAAGGAUCGGCUGGACCACCGUCCAAAGAAGAAAACAAUGCCUACAGCUUCGGCCGCACGACGAUAGCCAACCUGAAGUCCGGGACCAACUUGUUGUGGCUACACACAUCAUUCGCCUUCAUGUACCUGUUGCUCACCGUCUACAGCAUGAGACGACACACAUCCAAGAUGCACUACAAGGAAGACGACCUGGUGAAACGCACUUUAUUCAUCAACGGCAUCUCCAAGUACGCCGAAGAGAGCCAGAUCAAGCAGCACUUUGAGCAGGCGUACGAGAACUGCACGGUCCUGGAAGCUCGGAUUUGCUACAACGUGGCCAAGCUGAUGUCUCUGAAUGCGGAGAGGAAGAAGACGGAGCGCAGUAAAAAGUUCUUCACCGACCUGAUGGCCAAGGAGCACGUUCCCACCAUGAUCAACCCCAAACCCUGUGGACAUCUUUGCUGCUGCGCCAUCGCCGGCUGCGAAGAGGAGGAGGCGGUCAGCUUCUACACCAAGAGGGAGGCCAAGUUGAAGGAGGAAUACCGCAAAGAGAAGGAAAAGGUCCACACCAAACCUCUGGGCAUGGCCUUUGUCACCUUCCAGAACGAGGCCAUGACCGCCAUAAUCCUAAAGGAUUUUAACGCGUGUCAGGUUCAAGGGUGCCGCUGUCGCCAGGAGCCGCGAUCCUCGCAGUUCAGCGAAGCGCUUCACGUACACAACUGGAGCGUCACCUACGCGCCCGAUCCGCAGAACGUGCGCUGGGAGCACCUGUCGCUGGGCGGAGUCUCCUGGUGGAUCCGCUGCCUCAUCAUCAACUGCAUCCUGUUCCUGCUGCUCUUCUUCCUCACUACGCCUGCCAUCAUCAUCUCCACCAUGGACAAGUUCAACGUCACUAAGCCGGUGGAGUACCUGAACAACCCUAUUGUGACCCAGUUCUUCCCCACACUCCUCCUGUGGGCCUUUUCUGCCCUGCUGCCAACCAUCGUCUACUACUCGGCAUUCUUCGAGGCACACUGGACCAGGUCUGGAGAAAACCGAACGACGAUGCACAAGUGUUACACGUUCCUGAUCUUUAUGGUUCUUCUCUUGCCCUCUCUUGGCCUGAGCAGCCUGGAUGUUUUCUUCCGUUGGCUCUUUGACAAAAAGUUCUUGGCCGACGGCACCGUCCGCUUUGAGUGCGUGUUCCUGCCCGACAACGGUGCGUUCUUCGUCAACUACGUGAUCGCGUCGGCUUUCAUCGGGAACGCCAUGGACCUGCUCCGGAUCCCCGGCCUCCUCAUGUACAUGAUACGACUCUGCCUUGCACCAUCCGCAGCAGAUAGACGCAACGUCAAGAGGCAUCAAGCAUACGAGUUCCAGUUCGGGGCGGCGUACGCGUGGAUCAUGAACGUCUUCACCGUGGUCAUGGCCUACAGCAUCACCUGUCCGAUCAUCGUGCCCUUUGGUCUUAUGUACAUGCUACUGAAGCACCUGGUGGACCGCUACAACAUGUACUACGCGUACCUGCCAUCGAAGCUGGACAAGAAGAUCCACUCUGGCGCCGUGACUCAGGUGGUGGCGGCGCCCAUCCUUUGCCUCUUCUGGCUGCUCUUCUUCUCCACCAUGCGGACAGGUUUCGAGACGCCCACAUCGAUGUUCACGCUGGUGGUCCUGGUGGUGACCAUUGUGGUGUGUUUGUCACACGUCUGCUUCGGACACUUCAAGUACCUCAGCGCUCACAACUACAAGAUCGACACCAAGGACUCGGACGCGGAAGUCGUGGAGAACGGACGUCCGGUCCGCAGCGCCGCCUCCCCGCCGGCCAAAUCGCAGCAGAUGUACACGUUCAGCAAUGUGGCUAACGUGCUAACGCUGUCUGCCCCCAGCAGCAGAUGUACAUCGCCCAGGUGCUCCAAGACCCCAACUCGGACGAGCCGGGCGGCGGUAGCGAGGAGGACCGGGCGUCGUCACAGGACGAUGACAUGCUCAACGGCAGCAACAACAUCAAUGAGGCGGAUUUCCACUCAGGGGAGGACAGUCUGAUCGCAAACGAGGUCCGCCAGUAAUUGGGGGUGGAGCUCCACGGAGGGGGCGGAGACAGUCCACGGUCCUCGCCACCACGCGAUGCUAGCUAGCUGCGCUGGUGAGGCUCCUCCCCUUCCUAGCCUGAAGACUUGACCCUGACCAUUGACGUCGGCACCAAAGAGUCAUCAUCAAACAGGAAGUGCGUGUGAUCGUCGGUACCCCUCGCUUGGCUGCCACCAUCUGUCGUCGCGCUCAUCUGUGGCUUGAUUUGGACUGGUCGCUCGGGAGUUUUCUCCAUGUCGACCGCUUUUGACUCGUCUGGAACGAGUUGUCGGACCUUCUGCCAAACCACGACGGCAACAGAAAGACCUUCAAAUGUCACGUGACAUCAUCCCACUUCCCCACUGGUCUUCUCACUCAUCGCAGUUGGCUGUGAUGUUCACUCUCUCUGUCAGUUCUGGUGUCUAACAGUUAUGGUCUCACCCAGUUCUGAUCUCUCUCAGUUCUGAUCUAUCUUUCAGUUCUGGUCUUUGUCUCUCUGUCUGUUCUGAUCUCUCUCAGUUCUGCUCUCUCUAUCAGUUCUGGUCUCUCUCUCAGUUCUGGCCUCUGUCUCUUGCAGUUCUGGUCUCUCUCUCUCCCUCUCUCCCUCUCUCUCUCUCUCAUGACAUCAUCCAACUUCCCCACCGGUCUUUUCACGCAUCACUGUUCGCUACAAUGGGACUCUAAACGACCAGUUUUGACUCAACGAAGCUAGUCGCGGUCGCAUAUGACGAGCGGUGAAAAACUCUCUGAGUAGCACAUGGAACUUCCCGAUUUAAACGCGUCACGUCGAGACUCUUCCACUGACUUUGUUGUUGUUGUUAUUUUCACGUAUGCUAGCGAGUCCAAGCUAACGCAUGCGUAAGAAACAACAAGAUUUCUUUGACCUGCGAUCAUCUGCGAGCUUCUGUGGUGAGUAGGAGGCCCUGCCCGUUAGCCUAGCUUAGCACGGUGACUAGCUUAGUUAAUACAGCGCCAGUAUUGUUUAGCUUCAUGUGUUGUACGUUGACGCAAUACCAGUGGGUGGCGGCGCUUUCAUGAGCUCGCUGCAAACAAUAAGCUUGCCAAAAAAAAAUGGCUGGCUAAGUGACUUGCUAGCACUAGCCUAAAGCUAGCAUGUUAGCUACAAGGCCAUCAUUUUGCUUCGGGAGACAUCUUGAACUGUAACGCUAAAUAAAACUCAAGAUAUGUGCUUUGAAUCUGGCAUUCAGUGCUAUGCUAAGCUAGGCUAACCGCACUUUCUUUAAUGGUUGUUCACUUGCGCUGUUUUCUUUGUAUUUUUUUUGUCUUCUGUUUGGAGUGAAAACGGCAGCCAUCUUGAAUUUAAACAACUUUUUUUAACUAGCUAGUUCAUAAGCUAACAUUAGCAAAACAAACAAAAAUGUUCUUUGUUUUGUUUCAAAAAUUGUGACACAGACAAGAGGUCAAAGUUGACGUACACACAGCCCUUUGCCGCCAUUUGUGGUUGCUAUGCCAACACAAACAGGAAAUGACGCAGCCAUUUGAAGCUGAUUGAAAGAGAUGUCUCAGGUGUGUUUUGUUCCUUAAAUCAUGUUUACAUUGUGUUUUGUUUUUGCGUGCGUGCGUGUGUGUCUGUCUGCGUGUGUAUACACAGUGGUGAGCUAUGAAAGCUGUGGUCCCCAACGUGGAAGAUCUCGGGAGGUCUGUGGGGGUCUGGGGUGGCCACAUGCUGGAGACACUGACUGCUGUGUGCUGGUUGGGGGUCUGCGUGCUGUGUACUUAACUGUUGUGGUUUUGCUUCACGUUUUCCCUUCUGAUUGACAUCUAAAACAGUCUCCGCAUUGGACAACAGUUUCUUUUCCAUGGCAACCAGCUGCUGUUGGUGUUUCCUGCUUCACAAUAAAAGUUUCUCCUCGUUUGAACUAUGGUAAAGGGAAUUUAUGAACGAAAGAAGCCCCCGUGAAAAGCUCCACCGACACGGACAUACCCUAUAAUCAUUUUAAGUUAAUCAGACACAACCAUUAUCAUGUUCUCACAUUGGGACAUGGGGGAAACAUUAGUUUGGUUAGGGGUCGUUGGCUCCAAAUGAUAGAAGAAACAUAUGGUAGGAUGAACUCAUGUGAAAUGAUAGAGAGAGAGAGAGAGAGAGAGAGAGAACGUUUCGAUAGAGCCAGGUCGGGUUGCCCUCACUGGACGAAAACCUGUUUACUCAGUGAGCUUCCUUUGAAGGGAAUAUCUUUGAUCGCCCGAGAGUUCCAAGAAUGAAAGCGACUUCCACGAAAGGCUGCUGACUGUGUAUAAAUGGGCUCCGUGUCUGUAAAAAGAUCAGAGAGUCACCCUCUUUUUUUUGAGUCAUCCAAUUAGCCACCACAGAACAUGUCUUUUAUUGUGAAGGAACAGGAAAUUGAAAACACUGAUGCACUAUUACGUGAAAGGGAAACAAAGCAUUGUGGGAUUUUGUUGUUGUUGUUGCUCUUCUUCUUUUGGGAAGAGUUGAAGGAGCUGAAAACAACAGCAGCUGCUGUCAAACUGUGUAAAAUAACCCCCAUCCAAUGACUACAAUGUGUGUAAAUAAAGGGUAGAUGUCAAAGUGCACUGAAUGCCGACAACGUGGCGUCUUGUCUCACUCGCGCUAACAUUUGAUUUGUUUUAUUGCUGUGACUAUUUAUUUUUACUUGUAUGCUACUUAUUUAUGUCAAUUGAUCAAUAAAAUGUCUCAUCAAUGGUU